AUGGACUACAGCAUGUGGCCAUCCAACAAAUUUGACUUCGAUCUUCUGAUCAGCCAUGAAAUCUGGGGCAGCGAAGUCCUCUCUGAACAGAAUGGUAACUUCGAAUUUUUCCAUAAAAAACCCGAAGCAGCAACAGUUAUUACCCAACCUGAGCACGAAUCGCAAGCUUCUAACACUGGGCCAUCCUUUGAUACGUCUGUGAUCAUGGCCACCGAUGGUACCCCUGAAGCAUUCAAAGCAACAUCAAUGGCAAUCUCGCAAGUCACUGCCGUCGACACCAGCCCUGCAACUCCAAAGGCACCAUCAAUGGCAAUCUCACAAGUCACUGCCGUCGACACCAGCCCUGUAACUCCAAAGACACCAUUGCUGACGAUAUCAAAAGUUGAGGCCCUCUUUGACUAUAAAGAAGUGCACGGGGAUGGAAGAGAUAGUGAGAUUUGCUCUAGACAUAAGCAAUCUAAGAUUAGUGUCCGCAAAACGGCGAUUUAA